AUGGCGAGAAGACAACACUUAUCGUUAAUGGUCCUGCUGGCCGUCGUGGUCUUCUUCAGCAUUUCGUACCUCUUCUCGAGCAGCACCAGCGAACCCUCAUCGCCCGCGCCGCCGCCCGCCGCCGCCGCCAAAGGCGACUCUCCCGAGAGCGCCGACAUGCCCGACCUAGAUCACAUUUCUGCCAGCAUCCUCACUGGCGAGUCCAUCGCUCCGAAGUUGGAGAAUGCAACUGCAAAAGCCGAGCUCGGCCGCGCCUCGUGGAAGCUCCUCCACACGAUGAUGGCGCGCUUCCCCGAGAAGCCUACCCCCGACGACAGACUCGCCCUCAAGACGUACAUCCAGCUCUUCGGCCGCCUCUACCCCUGCGGCGACUGCGCUUCACACUUCCGCACACUGCUGGCAAAGUACCCUCCCCAGACGAGCAGCCGGAACGCUGCCGCCGGCUGGGCCUGCUUUGUCCACAACGAGGUUAACACGCGCCUGAAGAAGGAACUGUUUGACUGCAGCAAGAUCGGUGACUUCUACGACUGCGGCUGCGGCGACGAGGACAAGAAAAAAAAGGAGGCCGAGGAGAAGCCCAGCUUAGAGCUGGAGAGGGACGGGUAA